AUGUCUACUACCAGCAGUAUUGUUCCAACAUUUUAUGUUGAGGGAGUAACAAAACCUUCAAGAGUUCGACGCAACAAUUUUACAUGGCGUGUUGAACAAGACAUCUCAGACAUAUUCGCCGCCCUCGACGAGCUGAGCUUGGAUCUCGAUCCUUUCAACUGUCACAAACCAGCAAAAGAAUACUACUACGACAGCAAACCACUGCCCCCUCUGCCAGCAUUACCAAGUUCCACAUGCUUUGACUCAACAAGAAGCGACACUUCUUCAACUUCCUCGGCUUCCUUCAUCUUCGCGUCUGCACGAGAAUACAAACAAAUAAAAGCUUACGAUAAGAGUUUGAGGCCACAAGACAUUGUUAGAGAGACGGUUCAACAAAAGGUCCACAGCUGGCUCUCACAACUUCCUUUCCGACCAGAAGUAGCCGAGUUAUAUCGAAAGCAGGCCAUGCACAGCUGGAAGAAACGGCCUACCAAACACAAGCGGCAUCAGAAGUCAGAACCUCUCAUAAUUAUCAGUAGUCCUCGAAUGUCUGAUGACACCACCAUCGCCGCAACAGACGACAGCAAAACACAAAACGAAGAUACGGACAGCAUUAAAGCGUUAGGAAAGCGUCAUAUUGGGCACAACCGACAAAAUUCUCUCGAUAGUUAUCAUUCAGCAUUGUUACACAUGCAGAAACCGUUUGAUGACUACUACCCAACGCUACGACGAAAAUAUCCUAGAGGAUUGGAGGACGAGGCUCGUUUGGGGAUAGGAGUUGCUUUCGUGACAGCAAAAGGUGAGGCUUGA